AUGGCGGAGCCCUCGGCCCCGGAGAGCAAGCACAAGUCGUCCCUCAACUCGUCCCCGUGGAGCGGCCUGAUGGCCCUAGGGAACAGUCGGCACGGCCACCACGGGCCCGGGGCCCAGUGCGCGCACAAGGCGGCGGGCGGCGCGGCGCCGCCAAAGCCAGCCCCCGCGGGGUUGUCCGGGGGGCUGUCGCAGCCGGCUGGUUGGCAGUCGCUGCUCUCCUUCACGAUCCUCUUUCUGGCCUGGCUCGCUGGCUUCAGCUCGCGCCUCUUCGCCGUCAUCCGGUUCGAAAGCAUCAUCCACGAGUUCGACCCGUGGUUUAACUAUAGAUCAACACAUCAUCUUGCUUCUCAUGGGUUCUAUGAAUUUUUAAAUUGGUUUGAUGAAAGAGCAUGGUAUCCACUAGGAAGAAUAGUAGGUGGUACUGUUUACCCAGGAUUAAUGAUAACAGCUGGCCUUAUUCAUUGGAUUUUAAAUACAUUGAACAUAACAGUUCAUAUAAGAGAUGUGUGUGUGUUCCUUGCACCAACUUUCAGCGGCCUUACAUCUAUAUCUACUUUCCUGCUUACCAGAGAACUUUGGAACCAAGGGGCAGGACUUUUAGCUGCUUGUUUUAUUGCUAUUGUACCAGGUUACAUAUCUCGGUCAGUAGCUGGGUCCUUUGAUAAUGAAGGCAUUGCUAUUUUUGCACUUCAGUUCACAUACUACUUGUGGGUAAAAUCUGUAAAAACUGGAUCAGUUUUUUGGACAGUGUGCUGCUGCUUAUCGUAUUUCUAUAUGGUUUCUGCUUGGGGUGGUUAUGUGUUUAUCAUCAACCUUAUCCCUCUGCAUGUAUUUGUGUUGUUACUGAUGCAGAGAUACAGCAAAAGAGUCUACAUAGCAUAUAGCACUUUCUACAUUGUGGGUUUAAUAUUAUCCAUGCAGAUACCCUUUGUGGGAUUCCAGCCAAUCAGAACAAGUGAACACAUGGCAGCUGCAGGUGUCUUUGCAUUGCUGCAAGCUUAUGCUUUCUUGCAGUAUUUGAGAGACCGAUUAACAAAACAAGAGUUCCAGACCCUUUUCUUUUUGGGUGUAUCAUUAGCUGCAGGUGCUGUGUUCCUUAGUGUCAUCUAUUUGACUUAUACAGGUUACAUUGCUCCAUGGAGUGGCAGGUUUUACUCAUUGUGGGACACUGGGUAUGCAAAAAUACACAUUCCAAUUAUUGCAUCAGUGUCUGAGCAUCAGCCUACGACUUGGGUGUCUUUCUUCUUUGAUCUACAUAUUCUUGUAUGUACCUUCCCAGCAGGCCUGUGGUUCUGCAUCAAAAAUAUCAAUGAUGAGAGAGUGUUCGUUGCUCUGUAUGCGAUCAGCGCUGUCUAUUUUGCUGGAGUGAUGGUGCGGUUGAUGUUGACUUUGACUCCAGUCGUCUGUAUGCUGUCUGCAAUUGCCUUCUCAAAUGUUUUUGAGCACUAUUUGGGGGAUGACAUGAAAAGGGAAAACCCACCUGUGGAGGAUAGCAGUGAUGAAGAUGAUAAAAGAAAUCCAGGAAACUUGUAUGAUAAGGCAGGUAAAGUGAGGAAACAUGUAACAGAACAGGAAAAAACUGAAGAGGGAUUAGGUCCUAAUAUCAAAAGCAUUGUUACCAUGUUGAUGCUGAUGCUGUUGAUGAUGUUUGCAGUCCAUUGUACCUGGGUCACAAGCAAUGCCUACUCCAGUCCAAGUGUGGUCCUAGCCUCUUACAAUCAUGAUGGCACCAGGAAUAUCUUAGAUGAUUUUAGAGAAGCUUACUUUUGGCUAAGGCAAAAUACGGAUGAACAUGCCCGAGUGAUGUCCUGGUGGGAUUAUGGCUAUCAGAUAGCAGGAAUGGCUAAUAGAACUACUUUGGUGGAUAAUAACACAUGGAAUAACAGCCACAUUGCGCUGGUAGGAAAAGCUAUGUCUUCGAAUGAAACAGCAGCCUAUAAAAUUAUGAGGACUCUGGAUGUAGAUUAUGUUUUGGUUAUUUUUGGAGGUGUUAUUGGAUAUUCUGGUGAUGAUAUCAACAAAUUUCUUUGGAUGGUUAGGAUAGCUGAAGGGGAACAUCCAAAAGACAUUCGGGAAAGUGACUAUUUUACCCCACAGGGAGAGUUCCGAGUAGACAAAGCAGGAUCCCCCACUUUGUUGAAUUGCCUUAUGUACAAAAUGUCAUACUACAGAUUUGGAGAAAUGCAGCUGGAUUUUCGUACACCCCCGGGUUUUGACCGAACACGUAAUGCUGAGAUUGGAAACAAGGACAUUAAAUUCAGACAUUUGGAGGAAGCCUUUACAUCAGAACAUUGGCUUGUUAGGAUAUAUAAAGUAAAAGCACCUGAUAAUAGGGAGACACUAGACCACAAACCUCGAGUCACCAACAUUAUCCCCAAACAGAAGUAUUUGUCAAAGAAGACUACCAAGAGGAAGCGUGGCUACAUUAAAAAUAAGCUAGCUUUUAAGAAAGGCAAGAAAGUAUCUAAGAAGACUGUUUAAACACACUGUUCUGGUUCCUGACUUGAAGCAGUUGUCCUUGUGAGAACCGGUCUUUGCCUUUAGCUCAUGUCAUGUUUCACAGCAACAGAGGGUACAGAACCGUCACUGGUCCAGGUUAAUGUACACAAUUUUCUGACAAUGCCUGAUUUAAGAAUAAUAAUAAAAUUGGCUUAUUGA